AUGGGUUUCUUAAAUUUUUGUAAUAUACAUAGUGACAUUUCAGUGUUAAUUAGUGAAUUCAGCAAUCUUGCAAAAUUAGCAUUAAAAAGUUUUAGGAACGACGAAGACGUUGAAGAUAGCUUAAAUGAAACAGAUUUAACAAAGGAUAAUUUAAAUGUUUCUGGUGAACAGAUCAACACUAGAAAAGAAAACGAAGAUAUAGAUAAAUUCAUAAAAAAAAUUGAACUAAUAGCUGUCGUGAACGAAUGGAAAGACAAAGACAAAGUUAUUAUUCUACAACUAUAUCUUAAAGACUCAGCAGAAGAUUUUUUUGAACAACUAAAAUCAAAAAACGAAAAUAUAACAUGGAACGAAGUCAAAAGGGGACAUUUAGGAGUAAAUAAAACCAUAAAGAAAAUUAAAAAGCAAUUUAAUUGGCCAAAUUUAAAACAGGACGUAAAAGAAUAUAUAAAGAACUGUACAGCAUGUCAAAUGAAUAAAAAUACUAACAAACAUAUUCAAUAUCCAAUGGUCAUUACUACGACAAGUACAAAACCAUUUGAAAAAAUAUUUUUGGACAUUGUGGGACCUUUAGUCACAACCGGGUUAGAGAAAUAUAAAAUGAUUAAAAGUCAACGAUCAAAAAGAAGAAAAAUAAAACAUGAAUUAAAUUAUACAAGUCAAUCUCUUUUUUUUAAUCAUGCGUCUAAGUCAGAAAAUAAUCUAAAUUCAGUUCCUUGCAAUUUGUCCGUUGACAAUGGAAGUCCGUCUCAUCCAACUUCAUCUAAAGAAACAAUUAUUAAUCUAUCAGAAAAAACUUCAACAAUAACAACUUCAGAUACUUCUUUCAUGCCUAUUAAUGACGAAAAUAUAUCUUCAGAAAAUGACUCAGAAAAUGCUAAAUUAUUUUCAAAUGAAGUUAAUUCACAUGUAAAUUCUACAUCUGCAGAAUUUUCAAUAAAAAUGUUUUUAGUUCGUUGGGCUACUGAACACAAUGUCACUCAUGUCGCUCUUAAUGGACUAUUAAAAGGUUUGAAAAAUCAUGAUUGUUUUAAUGAUCUUCCUGUUGAUAGCAGAACCUUACUAGGUACUCCAAAAAAUAUGUGUAGUAACAUUCGUAAUGUAAAACCAGGUAUAUAUUAUCAUUUUGGUUUGGCUGCAGGUAUUCGUAGAUUUAUUCCAAAAAAUAUAACAGAUGUUAAAGUAUCAAUAGGCAUUGAUGGAUUACCAUUAUCGAAGAGCAGUAAUGGCCAGUUUUGGCCAAUUUUAGCAUCUAUAAUUGUUGAUUCUCAUUUGCCCAAAAAAGUUUUUCCUGUUGGAAUUUACUACGAGUUUGAAAAACCAAAGGAUAGUGAUGAUUUUCUUUUUGACUUUAUAAAUGAAACAAAUGAACUUAUUGUGAAUGGAAUGGUUGUAAAUCAAUUAAACAUAUCGGUUUCGAAUCGCGGACGUUUCGCCCCCGCCGUUUCGUCCCCGUCAAAAAAACAAGUCCACGGACGUUUCGUCCCCGUCUAUUAUUAAGAUAGGACAUUUGGCCCCCGGGAGUUAUAUAGAUUUAUUUAUACCUACCCAUAGGACGUUUGGCCCCCCGGUUA